CUUCCGGGUGUCCUGGGCUCCCGCGAUGGCGAUGGGUUUCGAGUGGCCGUGGCAGUAUCGUUUCCCGCCCUUCUUCACGUUACAGCCGAACGUGGACACCCGGCAGAAGCAGCUGGCCGCCUGGUGCUCCCUGGUCCUGUCCUUCUGCCGCCUGCACAAACAGUCCUGCAUGACGGUGAUGGAAGCGCAGGAGAGCCCGCUCUUCAACAACGUCAAGCUGCAGCGGAAGCUCCCUGUGGAAUCCAUUCAGAUUGUAUUAGAGGAACUGAGGAAGAAAGGGAACCUUGAGUGGUUGGAUAAGAGCAAGUCUAGCUUCCUGAUCAUGUGGCGGAGGCCAGAAGAAUGGGGGAAACUCAUCUAUCAGUGGGUUUCAAAAAGUGGCCAAAACAACUCCGUGUUCACCCUGUAUGAACUGACCAAUGGGGAAGACACAGAGGACGAGGAGUUCCACGGGCUGGAUGAGGCGACCCUGCUGCGUGCCCUGCAGGCCCUCCAGCAGGAGCACAAGGCCGAGAUCAUCACCACCGGCAGCGAUGGCCGAGGAGUCAAAUUCUUCUAGCAGAGACCCGCCCCCUUCUGCUUCUGACCUCCCACCCUUCCAGGGCUUUCAAAAGGAGACAGAUCCAGUCUCCCCACACACUGGGUCUGUGACUCCUCCGGACUCCACAGGGUUCCAGUCCUGAAGGCUGGGACCCAGGACCAGGGCUUUUCCAUUUCUGUCCCUGAGGUAGGGUGAGGCUGAGGCACCAGGAGAAAAGAUGUGCUGCUUCUUCCCUCCUCUGCUCUCCCACCCUGGACUGUCCCUGCGGCAGGGUCUAUAAACCUCACUCCACACGUGCUCACACACAUACACACACGCACUCAGGCCUGCGCAGGCCGCUGCUGUCUCCUCCCCCUUCCACUCCCUCAGUGUGGCCGACUGCCUCUCAGGCUGGUGCUGGGUCCUUCCGAGGGGGUGGGAAGAAGCCCUGACUGCAGGCCGCCUUCUAGGCACUGUCAAGAUAGGCCCACAAAGGGGCCUAGCAGCGAGAGGCAGGCUGGACACUGAUCUAUGACAUUAAAAAUCUCAGCUCUUA